UACGCCAGCAUCUGCUUCCUCACCUGCAUCAGCAUCCAGCGCUACCUGUUCCUGCUGCACCCCUUCAGGGCCAAGGGCUGGAAGCGCCGCUACGACGUGGCCACCAGCGCCCUGGUCUGGCUCUUCGUGGGGGCCGCGUGCCUGCCCCUCAUCAUCGUGAGGAGCCCGGCCCUGUCCAGCAACAUCAACACCUGCUUCUCGGACCUGGGGGUGAAGCAGCUCAGCCCCGGCGCCUCCAUCGCGCUGGUGACGGUGGCGGAGCUGUUCGGGUUCGUCAUUCCCUUCGGGAUCAUCGCGGGCUGCACGUGGAAGAUGUGGCAGUCGCUGCGGGAGGGCCCCGCGCAGCUGCAGAACGCGGGCGAGAAGCAGAAGGCCCUGAGGAUGGUGCUGAUGUGCUCGGCCGUGUUCUUCAUCUGCUUCACCCCCUACCACAUCAACUUCCCCUUCUUCAUGAUGGUCAUCGAGAACCUCAUCCGGGACUGCGCCGUGCACCGGAGCACGCUGCGCUUCCACCCCAUCUCCCUGUGCCUGGCCAGCCUCAACUGCUGCCUGGACCCCGUCCUCUACUACUUCAUGACCUCCGAGUUCCAGGACCAGCUGCUGCGCCACGGCUGCGUCGCCCUCCGGGCCCGGCUCGCCCAGCACCGGAGCAGCCUCUCCACCGCCGACACCGACAUCCGCACCAGGAACAGGAACUUCCCACGCUUCAGGUUUCGGUCUCUCCCCAAGUUCUUUGGCCGAAUAAACAGCGUGGAAAUGCCCCCUGUGCCGCCCGACGAGCUGCUGCUGGAGUCCAUCUCCUGAACAUCGGCAGCUCUGCCCGUGCAGGGGCUUCUCGUCGCUCGAGGACUGCAUUAGGUCUCCAAACACACCUUGAAUUCCCCUUGUGUGCCACAGAUGGCAGGAUCUGACCCAGCAGGAUGUUGUGAUGCCAAAAGACUUGCUGGUUGUGUUGUUGCUGCUGGGGGCUGUUGCCUGACACCACUUUCUUUUGGAAUACUGUUAAAAUCCCUCCAAAAGCUGUCAGCAGUGCCAGAGCCCUUGUGCUGAACCACAGCAGGUUCAGACCCCUCUUAUUUUGGUGUUUCAGUGCUUCUCCAUAUUUGUCACAUUUGAAAAUCCUUCUGAAUCCUGAGUUGUGAGUGAGCUCUGGGAGUUCCAGCUCUGAACAUGGGCACCUACAGCCUAUAGCAACUUAGAGCAUCCACCACACUCACGGGAGGCUCUGGAUCAGGAUAGCUCAGUAUCUCCACAUAAACUGAACCUCUUUCCACUACAAAAAUCCACCACCCAGACCUGAUCCAGGCUAAUCUGGACUGCAAGACUAAAACUCUACCAAUAUAUACCAAGCAAAGAUCAUUAACCUACAGCCCACCAGUGUUAAAGGGAGUGUGCAAACAAACUGGGCUCAGCUGACACUACUGGGAAAGGCACCCAGAGCUCAGCAAGAGGAUCCACACCUGGCUCCUGGGAGCUGCAGGGUGCUCAGCUGAUAGGGGGGGAUGAAUAUUUGAAGAGAAAUAGUGAUGGAUAUGCCACAAGCAAAGAGGAAGAUGAAGGAUGUCUCCCUGAGCACGUUUACUCACAGAAACCUGGUGUGAGCUGCAAAAGUGAGGACUCAUGUUGGUGUUGCUGUUUCUUGUGUUGUUAUGAGGAGUGUUGUGUUAUUUAUCACCUUGCUGACGCCUGUGGCUGCAGAUUCAGAUGUUAUCCAAACGUUCAGUUUUGCUUUGAAUACCAGCAAAUGUCCCAACCCCCGCUGGGUCCCUAGAAAAGUUUACAAAACUGACCCAAGUACAUGCUGAAAGCUUCAAAUUCCAAGGAAAUAAAAUGAUC